UUGGGAUUAGCUUAUACAAGCACGCGCACUAAAAUUUAUUUUUACGCGAAAAACAAUAUUGCAGCUUUCUUCUCUCCAGACGACUCCAGCGGUAUCUCUUCGUGCACAACAUCUGAUAGCCUCAAUCCCACGCACAGAGCUCAGUCAGCUUUCAUUCCGAGACAUUCUGAUGAAGUUUUGCUAGAUAUUGGAGAUGCU